AUGGAGAGAUUUGUGGCAACACAAAAUCUCGUGAAUGAAGAAUUUAGAAAGCAAAAUCUCAAUAACAAUAAAACUCACAUUGUGGUCAAGUCCCUCAAGACUAGAAACAAGGGAAUGGAAACUCAAAUCUCUCUGCUUGCACAGACACCUCUAUGCCCCUUCCCUGAGAGACAUGCGGAUGUUGUAACGGCCAGCAGAGAAAAACAAAUCGAAAAUCCUAAGGAGAUGUUAUCCCUUCUCAAUGUAAAACCUAUUCUUCGAUUCAGAUGUGUUAACAAGUAUUGGGAUACUCUCAUUACCGAUCCCAUCUUUGUGAAUUUGCAUCUCAAGAAAUCAGCAAAACGAAAUACUCACUUCUUACUCAUCACCCAACAUGUAACUGAUAUCCCUUGUGUGUCAUCCAAUGGCAGUGAUGAUAGAUAUGUGCGUGACUAUGGUGUCAUUCCCUACUCCGUAAGCACUUUACUCGACAAUCCGUCUUUCACCCUUUCUGUCGAUGAGAAAUACCUGGUGCAACCCAAAGGAUGCUCUAAUAUUGUUGGUUCCUGCAACGGAUUGAUCUGUUUGGUUGCUAGACCCGUCACCCGUCAGUAUUAUGAGUACUCUUUCCGACUAUGGAAUCCAGCCACCAGGAUGACAUCUCCUAAAUUUGGGUUCUUACGCUUAUUUCAUAAUACUUCUGUCUUCCCUUCCUCCUAUGACGGCCAUUACAAUUUCCUCUUUGGUUAUGAUAAUUCAACCGACACUUAUAAGGUUGUGGCCUCGCGUUACAAUACACGUGAACGGAGCAGUGAUGUCAGAAUUCUAAGUAUGGGUGAUAAAGUUUGGAGAGAUAUUGAAAGUUUCCCGGUUGUUCCUUUGCAUUUUGGAGCUGGUUCAGAACUCUCUGUUAAUAAUUGUGGUGUGUAUUUCAAGAGCAGUAUUAACUGGCUGGCUAUUCAAAAUAAACUAUGGUAUCAUCGUAUGGAUAUUAAGAAUAUUACAGUAAAGCAGUUUGUUAUUGUUUCACUUGAUUUGGGAACGGAGACAUAUCGUCUAUACCUACCGCCUAGUGGCUUUGAUCAAGUGCCGCCUUAUGAACCAAAUGUUGGUGUCUUGGGGGACUGUCUUUCUUUUUCUUAUUGCCAUAACGAAACCCAUCUUAUUAUAUGGCAGAUGAAGAAAUUUGGGAUUCAAGAUUCUUGGACUCAAUUUCUUAAAAUUAGUUAUCACAAUCUUCAAAUUCGUUAUGACUAUAGUGACGAAUAUAUGAAGUAUCAUUUUAAUAUUGUUCCGUCGUUUCUAUCUAAAAACGAUGAUACACUGAUACUUCAUUGCAAUCAGGAGAUAUCCCAAGCUAUUCUCUAUAAUUGGAGAAAUAACACAGUGGUGCGAGCAAAAAUUACUGCAAGAAAAACAAUCACGGAUGAUAGUAGUCUCAAUGAUGCGUUGUGCGCCGCCGACUAUUUUGAAAGCUUAGUUUCAGUUUUUUGAAAAAUUAGGAUGACCACCAAGAGCUAAUAUAGAGUGGGAAUUAAGAGCUCAGAGGAAUGGCAGCUAAGACUGUGUCGGAAGAGGAAGCAUUUAGAGGAACAUUGUUUGAAUUAGUUAGGAUUUUAGAAUGGAAAUUGUCCAGAUACUUAGGGACAUGAUUUUUUUAUGUAUUGUACUUUGUUAUAAACCUCUCUUUUUCAAAUAAAACUAUGUUAA